CACUCUUAACAAUGAAACGUACAAGAAAAAUCACUCAUAUACAUACAUUAGUUCCAAAGUUACGUACUAGAGCAUCUAAACAAAUACGAAAUGAAGAAGAAUAUAAUAAAGUGGAAGGCAUCACCUCAUACAAUAAUACUUCAGAACAUAUAGAAGGCGUUGCCUUUCACUUUGAGAAUAAUAUUGUAUCAUCUUAUGGUAAUACCUCUGAACAUAUAGAAGGCAAUAUAAUCUCAAAUUUUCAGGAAGAGGACUUACUAGGCUUAACUAUUGAAGAAGCUGUAAAUUCACUAAAUUAUAAUCAUGUUCCAUUAGAAAUACGGAAAAACGAGGUUAAAAUUUUAGAAGAUUACGAUCUGUUAGAGGGAGAGUCUUUUGGCUUUAAGGGUUUUAAUGGCAAAUAUGGUCUAUACUUUCCAAAUUUUACGUCGGCAAUGCUCUUUGUAUGGAUUACAAAGCAUAUGAUUUCAACAUCUGCAUAUGAAGAUCUUGCCAAGAUUCUUACACAUCCUGAGUAUCAAAAAGAAGAUGUUACUAUGAAUGUUUGUCAGAUUCGUAAAUGGAGAGAUCGGUUACCUUUAGCUAAAAUACGCAAAUAUGAUGUACCUAUUUGUAUGCAACAAGUACCAUCCACAUGUGAAUCUUCUAAAAAG